AUGGUCGUUGGUCUCUGGGACACUUGUGUUCUGUCCCAGGGCAUAGAGGACUAUGAGAAUUACUACAACGAAAUACACGUGGAUGAUGAGCAGGCAGAGGUAAAGACCCGUAAUGCUUUGCAAUCGCCACUACAACGUUGGCCAGGACAAAGGAUCUACUAUCGAAUAGCCAACAAUUUCAGUGAAAUUGAAGCCUCAAAUGUUCGUUAUGCUGUGUCCAGUUUCAAUGAUCAAACCUGCCUGCAGUUUGAGGAAAUGACUGGCAAUCCUCCGGCCGGUCGUCGCUAUGUCUACUUCAAAAAGUCCAAAAAUAUGUGCGGCACUCGUGUUGGAUAUCAGCCAUUACAAUUUGGUUCCCAUGAUGUUCAGCUGACCGAACGUUGUCUCUCCAUGCCGGGUGUCAUUCAGCACGAAACGCUGCAUGUGCUGGGUCUCUUUCACGAACAAAGUCGUCCGGAUCGCAAUGAAUAUGUGGAAAUCGAUUAUGAUAAUAUUCCACGUAAAUAUUGGUCACAAUUCAUGGCAAUGGAACAGACCACCACAUUCAAUGUCCCCUAUGACUAUCAAAGCGUAAUGCAUUAUUCGAAGAAUGCCUUUGCCAAGGAUCCAACUAAACCAACCAUACGCGCUUUGAUCGAAGGAAAGCCCGUGGAGAGAGAUAUGGGGCAAACGCGUGGACCAUCGGAAGGCGAUUUGGCUAAAAUUCGUAUUAUGUAUAAUUGUUAA